CGGAGCAGAACCACAGCCUCUUAAAACCUAAGGUAGUCCUCAUUACAGCUACAGACUGAUAGACAGAGAGCAGGCAGGGCUGGAGACAGGUCUGAGAGAGGGGCAGGGAAGGAGAGUGAGAAACCGUGAACAGGGAAAGUUAGCCUAUAAGCAGCCCUACUUGUGUGUCCACUCUUCCUUCCCUCUGCUCUACCUGAGGCAUACAUAAACACAAACAGAGGGAGGUGUUGCAGGGAGGCUUAGGGGGCCGACUCUCCAGGGAAGAAGGGAAUUAAACACUUUUGUUUUCAGUCCUCAGCAUCAAUACUCAGGACAAAAAGAAAAGGAUUACAGCUUGUUUGCCUGCCCCAAUUGUUCCUCUCUUCUCUGCAUUUGGUGCUCACUGAGUCACUUUGGAGACUUUGGAUACGACCUUCUUGAACUGUUGGUUGGAGCUCAGAGAGGCAUGGCACACGGACAAAAGAGCCCCAGGUGGGCAUUAACCCAGGGCUCCUUCAGCUUGGCACUGGGCCUGUCACUCUUCUCCCUCCUCCUCCUCCUCCUCACAGUCUCGGCUGCAGAUGAGUACGACUACUACAGCUGGCAGUCGGACAACUUCCACAAUGGCCGCUUCUACACCAAGCAGCCGCAGUGUGUGGACAUACCAGCUGACCUGCGCCUGUGCCACAAUGUGGGCUACAAGAAGAUGAGGCUGCCAAACUUGCUGGAUCACGAGACCAUGCCAGAAGUCAAGCAGCAGGCGGGCAGCUGGGUGCCCCUCCUGGCCAAACGCUGCCAUGCUGACACCCAGGUCUUCCUGUGCUCACUGUUUGCGCCCGUGUGCCUGGACAGGCCCAUCUACCCGUGCCGCUCGCUGUGUGAGGCCGUGAGGGACAGCUGCGCUCCGGUCAUGGAGACCUAUGGCUUCCCCUGGCCGGAGAUGCUGACCUGUGAUAAGUUUCCCAUUGAUAACGACCUCUGCAUCCCCAUGCAAUUCACUGGGAACCAUGCCACCCCGCCACCAGUGUCCAAGGUGUGUCCUCCAUGUGACAACGAGCUGAAAGCAGACAACAUCAUGGAGCACUACUGCGCUAGCGACUUUGCCCUCAAAAUGAAAAUCAAGGAGGUAAAGAAGGAGAAGGGUGACCGCAAGUUGAUUGCAGCACAAAAGAAGAAGAAAGUGUUGAAACAGGGGGUGCUGAGGAAGAAGGACCUAAAGAAACUGACCGUGUACAUUAAGAAUGGUGCAAACUGCCCAUGUGCUCAGCUGGACAGCCUGGGCACAAACUUCCUCAUCAUGGGCCGCAAGGUUGACCAGCAGCUGCUGCUUAUGUCCAUCCAUAAGUGGGACAAGAAGAGCAAAGAGCUCAAGUUUGCCAUCAAGUACAUGAAGUCCCACCAGUGUCCCACCUAUCACACUGUCUUCCAAUGAUGUGACUCAGUUUACUGUUUGCAUGAUUCACCAUCAUUCGCAAAAUAUCACCCAGUUCUCAGUAGAUCUUUAUACCCAUUUCAACGCUGCAACUACAAAAAGUCAGACCCCAGCACACUUAAUUAUUACUCCAAUUCUUUUUCAGAAAAGAGGACACACUGUAGGUUAAUCACAUUUUUAUCUACUCAACUUAUGCAUAAUUCUAAUAGUGAAAGGAAUCACCCUGAUCAGAUCAAUUACAAUUUCACAGUUGAAGAGUACAAAAGAUUGUGCAAUUUUCAACUCCCUUAGAGUUAUGAAACCCCUAACUAGACUAUAACCAAUUUAUUUCCCAAAGAAAAACAGAGGCUGUUAUGCACCCACUCCAGUUUGACUAUGUUUCCUUUGCAAUUAUGCUUUUCUCAUUGGAUUUACUGCCAAUCAAUCACUUAUAUCAAAAUAACUAAAAAAAUUGACUGUAUCUUUAAGAAAUGGUACCUAAGAUUUGAGACAAUUAUUGGAGGGAAAACAUGAUUGAUUAUAGACAGAGAGAACAGGAAUGAUGGGGUUUGUUUCUGUGUAAGAAUAGCAUUUAUACUCCACAUUAAUUCAGACUCUGCAAAGGGCACAAUGGCACAGAGCUCCCAGGAACAACAUCAAAGCAGAGACAUGCCGAUGAUCUACUUAACUGUAUGUUUUAAUGAUGUAAAAAGUAGGCAAUUCAGAUCAAUACUAGAUGAUUAGAAAACUGGCUUUUUGACUUUUAUCCCUGCCGGGAAAGAAGACCAACGGAACGAGACAGACUGAUGGACUGGAUGAUUCUUCCACUGACUUUGUACAGCACCCUUUUUGUGGCCUGAAAGAGGGGAAACUUGAAUACUUUUUGCUUUUUCAAUUGGAGAGAGGAAGGUUGAGGCAGAGGAGACAAUGUUCUGAAAAUGAGUGAAGAAUAAAUGAGGAUGAAAGAGAGAGAGAAAGAGACUCUGGACAGAACCAACAGUGUUGGAUUGAUAAGUCUCUGGUACUCGCUAUUUUUCACUAUCGCUCUUCAAAUGUUCCUUUUUUUUAUACUCAAAUUUUGAAUUUGCUUCAGUUAAACAUAUAUUGUAUAAAGGCAGAAAUCAUACGUACAGACAUAGCACCUGAAUCCACUGUUGCUGUAGCAAUAAAAGAUGAAAAUUUAACUUUUACAAUAUUUUCUAAUCAGUUAACCUGUAAGUAGUCUUGUUACUGAAAUAACUUGUUUUACAAGAAAUGAAUAAAAUAUAUUUGAAA